AUGUCACUGGGCACUUUAAAGAAGACAGAGGGGCGAGAAUGAGGAGACAGAGGGAUGAGCGACAGACAGAAAGAGAGAGAGAGGGAGGGAGAUAGCACAAGAGAAUGAGAUAGUGAUGUGUGAGUAGAGAGACAGAGGGACAGAGAGAGAGACAAAAGCAAAGGACUUUUUCUAAACUCGUCAGUCCAGCAGAGGAGACUGAAAUGUGUUUCCUCUCAGGGACCCCCUGCUACCUUUACUGACCGAAGCUCAACAGUCAUAUCAUGUUCAUGGCCAUGGAGAUCCUGGUGUCCUUACACGUCCUGGCGGUUCUGUUUUCAGUGAAUGCAGCACACUCUCACUCUCACAAAGGCUCGCAAGGACUCUCCUGCGUGAAUGACUUUGUCAACAAUGUCAGCUGUACGUGGGACAGCUCUCACAUGGCUCCUGGUGUGGACUGCUGGAUCAUUGGUGUCAAGACAACCUGGAUAGUAAAGAACCACAUAAGUUAUCAGGGAACGAUUAUUCGAAGCUGCAAGCUGAAACAACACCGAAACUCUACUUCAGGUUGCAGUUUUGUCUUUGAAAAUCAAAAGUUCAACCCUUUUAAAGACAUGCCCUACAUAAGUGUGGAGUGUAACGGGACCAUGGUGGAGAACCUCACAAACUAUACACCGUACAAUCACAUCAAAUUGCAUCCCCCGGGUACCCCCAAUGUCAGCAGCACUGCCAAUGAGACUAGGAUAUCAUGGAGCCACGGCAGUCCUCCCUCUGACUACCUAAAAUCCUUUCACUUCCAAGUUCAGAUCAAACAGAAGAACAAGUCAUGGAACGAGGCCAGCACUCUGAUCACACUAGAACAAGAGCUAAGCAUACCUACUUGGCAACUAAAGGGGCACUGCCAGGUCAGGGUGAGAGUCAAACCUACUGAGGAACCGCACAAUAGCCACUGGAGCAAUUGGAGUCCAACAACAUCCUGGUUUAGUGCGACAGACAAGGUGGCAUUACAGGAUCAAGAGUGGCACCUGGGUCUGACAUCACUGCUAACAUGGGGAAUAAUGUUCAGCUUGGGUAUCAUCGUUGUAACGCUAGUCCUCUACAUGACUUAUGCGAGCAGAAGGUUCCUCAAAGGAAAGCCGUUACCAAACCCUUCUAAAUACUUUCACACUCUCCACUCUGUACACGGAGGAAAUCUAAAGAAAUGGAUGAAUCCUCAGUCGGCUUCUGAGUCAUUCUUCACAGCCCAUCCAUGCGAAAUCAUCUCCCCGGUUGAGAUAUGCGAAAGCUGGGAUGUUGUCUCCUCCACCUCUCCCUCCUCCAGCUCCACCAGUGUCCUGCUUCACUUCAGGAGUGACCCCUCGGCCGGCUCAGACACCAGCGGGGUCGUUGACAAUUCCUCCUCCUCUUCAUCCUGCUUCUCCAACAUGGGCUACUUCAUGUCCAGCACCUCAGGCAGCUCAGCACGAUCUGACCCCAAUCCUGCUUACUUCACCUAUCAGGAUGAUUUCCACGGUCUACACAACAGCCUCAACCUUCGCCUCUCCCUCCGCCCUUCCCACGACAACUCUCGCACCUACGAGAGCUUGAAGAGGGAACCGCAGAGCCCUGACUCUGGCUUUUGCAUCGGAAAGGAAGAUGAAGAAGGCAGGGAAGAUGAAAGGUUUGCUAAUGUAGAAGAGGAAGAGGUUUCACAUGAUAAUCCGAGCCCUCCUCUUCUCAUUCUCCCUCUUCAUCGUCUUUCUCAGAUGUGCCCAACCUCCUCUGCUCCACCCCCUCCUAACGCUCCCAGUCUAAUUCUGAUAUCCUCUGAUAGCCAACAGGUGGACGAACCUGUGGCAGCUGCUUUUGGCAACUAUGCGGCCUGGCCUAUGGCUGGUGCCAUGUGCAGGUCUUCCUCCAUGCCUAUGGAGCCCUGCAAAACAGGGUAUCUGACCCUCAAAGAGCUACAGACAACAUUCAGCAAUAAAUCUAUCUGAAAAAUCAGUAAUGUAUCUGAAAGAAUCCCUGUUCGAUUACCAGUUUUUCAUUGAAUGUGUUUACAUUACUUAAGUUCCAUGAUUAUUAUGCUUGAUUCAGUUUUUGGUCAUUUAGGGAGAGCAGAACAAGCUUAUGUCGUCUUAGCAAACAGUUGCCUACUUAUACAUCCAACAGAAGCUGAGCUAUAUUAGCAUUUAUGUUAUGUUAUGUUUCUGACCACUUGAUGAAUGUAAAUCCAAUAUUUAUUCUCUUCUUUGCCCUGUUUCAGUGAAAUAUUUGGCUCCGUAGCUGUUAACUGUUUCACUAUGUCCCCCAGUUAACCACCAGCUGGCUGUUGUUUGGUACUGGAUAAUCUCAUGUACAGAGAACGUUUUGGCUCCAAAAAAAGCUUCUGCUGCUUAAAACAAUGUUAACAAAACCGGUCAGAGUGAACCAAAACAGUAAAGUUUUUGGCUGGAAUUCCAAAACAGUAAGCGAAACUCGCAGAUCCGUUCUUUGGGGCUCAAGGUUACUGCAGGGUUGGGUGAUAAUUCUGUGCUGGUACGCCUCAAGUGCAAACCCUUUCACAUUACACAGAGCCAUUUGAUCAACUGUAUAUAUUACAAAACAAAUGAGUGGAGCAGCUUUUAAAUACAAUUUAAUUGUGUUGCUAUAUAUUUCCUCCAAAUCAACAUUUGAUUUACUUUGCUUACUGAGAACAAUACUUGUACAGGAUUUUUGGGGAAAAGAUAAUAAGGCCUGUAAGUGGAAACAGGGUUCCAAUGAACAGUCUGACACAGCAUCGUUAAAGAAUAACCUGACCUUGAAUAAAAGGGAUAGAGUCAGAUAUAUGAGGGAGACUAAAAGUUAACCAGUUGUAUAUACUGUUCAUAGCCAUACUGACUUGGACUGCUGGGUCAUUAUUUAGCCGAUAUACUGUAUAUGUAGAAUUGUGUACAAUACCUCAUUGUUGAAUGUGUACAAUACUCUGGGACUCCUAAGUAUUUUUUUUUUCAGUAUGCUUCAUUUAUAUAAAUUUUAAAAUGCAUACAAAGUAGCAUUGCAAAUCAAAGCAAGUUGACAUUACUUUAAACAUUACUUUUAAAAACAGACAAAAAUACAAUUUUAGGUUGCUUUUAAUUACUUUAACUUUAAUCUUACAAAGACAUAUGUUGUGAGAGCUCCUUAAAAUUUCUAAUAUCAUCCUAAAAAAAAAGAAAUCUUCAUUUCUGCAGGCAGAAUCUGGGAUUUUGAAAGCAGGGAAAAGUGAUUUUAGACGUAUUUUGAUUAUGUACAUUGUGAUAAAUUACUUAUAAUAGAGAACAUAUUGCUUGAGAGUUAAAUCAUGCAAAGACAUUGUUGUGAAUGAUUUAUGUUAUUGCUUGCAUGACCCAAGUUUCAGGGCAUGAAAAUGACCAACAUUUAAGCUUUUAAUUGAGUGAUUUGAGUCUAUACUGAUCUGCUGUCAAAAGAAAGGCAGCUCGUUUGCCACUGAUGUUUUUGGUAUUUAAUCUAUUUUUUUGGUUUAUUUUAAUAAAUAAUUUCAUGCUGUUUAAGAGAUCGAUUUGAAUACCUUAUGAAUCAGAAUUAUUCAUUGUUUCACAAACAGAUUAUCCACUUGCUAAAGUUUAAUAAACAACUGGUUUAGUGUAGACAAGUAUUAGUAUAAUAUUUAUCAGGUCGCUAUUUCUGGAUUCAUGUUAAUCAUUGAGGUCAGUGGUAAAUGUUGCUGCUCUUGCUUCUACACAUGCAGUAUAUUUCCGAUGCACACUGUUGUAACAUCUGUGCAGAGACCAAACAAAAUAAAACUGCUGGUAGAAAUGGGUCACCCUUUGACUUCCUGUGUCGUUGUGGAAUGAGGGCUGAGGGGUGGGCAUGUGUAAGAGUGUGAGAAGCAGAAUGAGCUGUGUGCGUGUAGUUUUGAGUGUUGACAUGUCCUGUCAGGUGGUCCUGGUGGUGUGUGAGAGAGUGAGAAUGUGUAUUAGAGUGUGGUUUGACAUUUAACUCAGAUGGAACCAGCGACAUCCGUUCACCUCACAGAGAACAUACGAUAUUUAGCCAUGUCAGUAAAAAACAACACAGAUGUUGCUUUUCAUCAGUGUUCAGUGUUUAAUCUCUUCAUUUCAUGUCACAAGAGCUCUGUUAUACCUCAUACACAAAUGAUGUCAAACUUUAUUGAACUGCACACAAAGUAGUGAUAUUUGUCAUAAAUGGAGCACUCUCAUGUGUCAGCUGAGUGUCGUAGUACUCACAGCCUUUUUUUUCAUGGCCCAUUAUGCUGACCCAAAUGGAAAAAUGAUGCAGUAAAGUGAGAGCUGGCAUGUCUCUGUUUUUUGUAAAUCAGACAUCUUUCUGGGUCACCAAUCAAACUCAAGCCAAUGGGUUAUUUUCACCCAGUGUUAGACACAACACGCUAAAGUUUUAACUUUUCUCAUAAAUGCGUUGUGAGUUGUACAAACGUGUAUGUGACAAUCAAAACUGUAUUAGAUACACAUGCUAUUAACGGUCAGUCACAAAUAAUGACGUGAGUUAAUAAAGAGCUUGAGUAAGUUAUAACACAUUGCAACCAUACCAUAUUUAGAUUGGGGAAAAAACACAACAGUUCUAUGAAAACUGUUAUAUUUAAUGAUGUAUUUAACAUAAAACUAGCGCCUAGGGGCAAAUACAAUGUUUUCUUCCGAGGAAAUUUUGCAAGGGCACCUUUUUAAAUUAACGUUAGGACAGGCCGUCACAUUGAUUAAGAAACUUUUUUAAAAAACAAUAAAGGUAGUGCAGUAAAGGAAAAUAUUUGAAGUGGGGAGUAAAAUGCAUUUCUUUCAUAAAAAUAAGUAACAAAGUGUGCAAAAACAAACUGUUAUAUCGCUUUUAAACUUUUGGAGAUGUAUCAAAAAUAAAAUUUUAACUCCAUUUAACCCUGUGGUGCUCAAGAUUUUAAAAUGUAUCUAUUAAACUAGACACUCCAAGCUCCACAAUAAUAGAAACAGUUUUUAAGAUUUAUUCAGAUUAUUGAAAUUCUUUUAGUUUUUAAGUUAUUCUCAUUUCCAUUCUCGCCAUUCAUUCUCCAUGUAAUUUGCUACAACUCAUAAGAUAAGUAUAAGAUAAUAAUAUAUAUCUUUUGGCUUUGUCUCCUUUGGUCAAUACUUUUAUACUUUAACUUUUUUAUGACAUAGUAUUCUAAGACUUUUUAUGACAUAGAAUAAAAUUACAUUUUAAUCAAUCUUGAAAUCACGGUUGGUCUUUACUGGGUAAACUUAACAAUUAAGAAAUGACUCUGGAGAAAAUGUGAGUGAACAUAAUUGCUGGCUAAGUUGACCUGAGCUUGAAGACUGGAUAACUGUUCCCAUAAUGCUGUUUUUACUCUCAUAAGCCAUGUAAC